GGCGCCAUAUUUAAUACAUCGCAGUUUGUGAUGAAAGCUAGUAAGUUAACUGACUAACUGCAAUCGUAUAACUUUAGAUUUUUUAAAAUCUCAAAGAUACCCAUCAAAAUACAUCGAAAUGAACGUCAUAGAUCAUGUACGGGAUAUGGCCGCUGCGGGACUACACUCAAACGUUCGGAUAAUGAGUAGCUUACUGCUGACAAUGAGCAAUAACAAUCCAGAGCUGUUCUCACCAUCCCAGAAGUACCAGUUGCUGGUUUACCAUGCAGAUGCCAUCUUCCAUGACAAGGAGUACCGUAAUGCUGCCUGCAAGUACAACAUGGCACUGCAGCAGAAGAAAGUGCUCAGCAAAACGUCCAAAGUUCGCCCAUCUACUGGGGGAACUGCAUCCUCCAUACAGUCACAGAGUUUGCCCUCUGAGAUUGAGGUCAAGUAUAAGAUUGCAGAGUGCUACACCAUCCUGAAGCUGGAUAAGGAUGCCAUUGCAGUGCUUGAUGGGAUUCCAUCUAGACAGAGAACCCCAAAGAUCAACAUGAUGCUGGCAAAUCUGUACAGGAAGGCUGGGCAGGAACGCUCUGCUGUCACAAGCUACAAAGAGGUCCUGAGACAGUGUCCUCUGGCACUGGAUGCCAUCAUUGGUCUCCUGUCUCUGUCAGUGAAGGGAGCUGAGGUGGCAUCCAUGACUAUGGAUGUGAUCCAGAGUAUUCCCAACCUGGACUGGCUCUCUGCAUGGAUCAAAGCCUAUGCCUUCAUACAUGCAGGGGACAACCACAGAGCAAUCAACACCAUCUGCUCUCUGGAGAAAAAGUCUUUAUUGCGGGACAAUGUGGACCUGCUGGUGAGCCUGGCAGAUGUCUACUUCAGGGCAGGCGACACAAAGAACUCCAUCCUGAAGUUUGAGCAGGCCCAGAUGCUGGACCCUUAUCUGAUCAAAGGCAUGGAUGUAUAUGGCUACCUUAUGGCACGUGAGGGGCACCUGGAGGAUGUUGAGGUCCUUGGAGGAAGACUUUUUAACAUCUCAGAUCAGCAUGCAGAGCCCUGGGUCAUAUCUGGAUGUCACAGCUUCUACAGUAAGCGCUACUCCCGGGCCCUCUACCUGGGUGCCAAGGCCAUCCAGCUGAACAGCAACAGUGUGCAGGCCCUCCUCCUGAAGGGGGCAGCACUGAGGAACAUGGGCCGAGUUCAGGAGGCCAUCAUCCACUUUAGAGAGGCCAUGCGCCUGGCGCCAUGCCGUCUGGACUGCUACGAAGGUCUGAUUGACUGUUACCUGGCAUCCAAUGGGAUCCGAGAGGCGAUGGGGAUGGCCAAUAACAUCUAUAAAACCCUGGGAGCGAAUGCCCAGACUCUAACAAUCCUGGCCACAGUCUGCCUGGAGGACCCUGUGACCCAGGAGAAGGCCAAAACCCUGCUGGACAAGGCGCUAGCGCAGAGGCCUGACUACACCAAGGCUGUGGUCAAAAAGGCAGAGCUGCUAAGUCGAGAACAGAAAUAUGAAGAAGGGAUUGCUCUUCUCCGGAAUGCCUUAGCCAAUCAGAGUGACUGUGUGCUGCACAGAAUGCUGGGGGAUUUCCUUGUGGCGGUCAAUGAUUAUCAAGAGGCAAUGGACCAAUACAGCAUAGCACUUAGCCUGGACCCAAAUGACCAGAAGUCUCUGGAAGGAAUGCAGAAGAUGGAGAAGGAGGAGAGCCCUGCUGAUGCCACUGUGGAGUUGGAUGGGGAUGACAUGGAGGGCAGCGGGGAGGAUGGAGACCUGGAAGGCAGUGACAGUGAGGCAGCCCAGUGGGCAGACCAGGAGCAGUGGUUUGGCAUGCAGUGACCCCAAGGGCAUAGAGGGGGGCAGGGGGCAUAAACCACACAGGGGCAUCAUGGGCUACCUGAUGUACUGCUCUAGUCACCCACUCAAUAUGGGUGUAUAGCCCCAUCCCAGGGUUCUAUAGAAGUCAGCAUAGCAGCCCCUGCUUUUUUGGGAUGGACGCAUCAUUUUACUCAUGACUCCAAUGGGCAGAGAAUUCAGUAAGCUUAACUCCGCCUUUCCUAGUUCGCGAUUGUCACUGAUUAGUUGACAGGUGAAAAUGUUACGUCCUAGAGUAAAGGAGACGAGGUGAGGCGGCCAAUUAGGAUUGCUGGGUUAUGGCCUUGGAGUUUGCCAUUACUGUUUGCUUGUUUUCUCUCUGGUAAACAGGAAAUCUAUGAAACCAGUGACGUCAGUUAAUUUCUGUUUCUUUUCUGUUCAGUGUUUAUUUACCCCUGUAACAUUUGCAUGUAUGAACAUGCUUCUCUUAAGAAGAAUAUUGGUGUGAAACUGGUGACACUUUCCCUUUCAAUGUUUAAUGUGUCAAUCAUGUGGUCAUUUCAUUUGACUCACAUUCUUUGCAAAGUAAUGUUACUAGUUUUCCAAUGCAAAUGUGUAUAAGCAUGUAUUGUGCAUUGUAUAUAUGUUUGAAGAUAUAAAAUAAAAUCAUGACAAGGUCUCAUGACCUGACAUUCCUUUA